GGACUCAAAGUAGUUUCUUAUACGAUGUCUGGCAAGCGGAUUCGCGGGGGGAAGCCCCCAAUGGCGCAGAAGCGGCACCGCGCGGAGUCCGAACCCCGCGAACAAGAUACGGUGCACAAGAAGACAGCAAUCGAGUUAGCCAUGGAGGAGGCCGAUGAGUACGAACGGCAAAAGGAAACCGAACAGCGACGCCUGCAGCAACUGAAAUUGCUGUCAACGCAUAGAACUCUGAAUUUGCAGCAUUCGCAAUUGCGGUCUGCGCUAGGACAGUCAUCUAAAGCAUACAGACGCGAUGAACAGUCUGACGAUGAACAGUCUGAUGCCUCUCCAGUUCCCUCCAACACGGGACGGCCGAACAUGCUUGGCAUUGCAGGGGAAGAAGAGGUUUGUGUGCCAACAGAAGAACCGGAAGACGUGGUUUCAAGUGAUGAAGACCCACCACUCUCAAGUGGCGCCAUAGGCAAGCUCCGCCUGCCCCGGAGUUUACUCGAAAAGUGGGUCGAAGAACCUUUUUUUGAAAAGGCGGUCAUUGGAUGUUAUGUUCGGCUUGGAAUUGGUAAGGCACCAGGCCCCCAUGGAGAAGCACAAUACAAGGUCUGUGAGAUUAUUGGCGUUGAGGAAUACAAACACUCUUACCCGUUUGGUGAGUUUGAAACGAAGAAAGCAUUGAUGCUUCGAAUCGGUCGAAACCAACGACUUUGGCGCAUGAAUGUCAUAUCAAAUCAUCGGUUUGCCGCUGCUGAAAUAGAUGAGUGGCGAAAUGUGAGACCAACCAGAAGCUUAUCGACUUCCGCAGAAUCAGGAUGAAGAUGAUGAACCUUCCGUAUUCCAGCGUCGCGCCACCAAACCAAUCAUGUGAGCGGUCUUUGAGAUUAGGAAGGACACAGAGAAUAUCUGAUGCGGCAAGUAGUGGCAGCGGCAAGUCGUUGUGAUGCUCGUUCUGUGAGUGGCGCUGCGAGCUCCAUCGCGCUAGUGCCCAGGGCCAUGGCACCAAUUUCAUCACGAAAGCUCUGUCCUAGUGCACGCAGUUCUUGAUCAAUCUGAUCGAGUACUGUCACGAUGAAGCCAACAAGGGGC